UAAAAACUGAAGUUUUUAAGUUUCGUAAGCUUUAGCAACGGGAAGCAAAUCUUAAGAUUAGCUCCCAUUUUAAAAAGAUCUCUUAUAUAUACAAAUAUAUAAGUCGGUCGGCACAGAUAGCCAAGUUUAAGAAAUUUAAGUUUCUACACAAGUUAUCUGGAACGUCGGAGAGCGACUCCGAGGACUACAAUUUGUGAAGGCGAAGAAUAGCUUCAUUCCGCACAUCCACAUUACCAGGAAGAGUGGGAUUAAAGAUUAAUGCCCCACACACAGAAGACGCAGAAAGAGCGAAGUGCACCAUACAAAGCAACAACAACAAGUUCAGUUGUAAUAAAAGAGGAUACAUCAGCAAUGAAUCCAGGCGAGCAGCAACCACUUCAGAUGACAGGAUCGCAAAUUUUGAAGGAAGCUUCAAGAAUCAUGGACUUUGACGGCAGAGAUUUAUCAUCAUUCAUCAGGGAAGUUGACAUGAUCCUUCCUUUAUUCAACCCCAACCCAUCAAUGUUGGAAUUUGUAACGCAGCGACACGUCAAAACAAAAAUUAAAGGAGAAACAGCAAGUGUCAUCCGGCCUUUGGGACCUACACCAACAUGGCAGCAAAUGAGAGAAGAACUCAUAAAGAAUUUUGGAGUAAAGGAGUCGUACCACACCCUUUACAAUCAGGCGAUUGUACUACGAAACUAUAACGUCAAAUACAUCUUCAAAAUAACAUUGAUGAUAGCAAUUGUAAUAAUUAGCAAUGCAGCCAAACUGGAAGUACAUGAAAUACAUACCGACAAUGGAUACGCAGAAAUCAUCACCAACACUAAACAGAUUGUUACAUCAUCUGACCUCAUGAACUCUCAAAUAUUAAAGAGUCAUCACAACUGUCUGGAUUACAUUGCUGCAUAUAAAGUGACAUCUACAAGGGAAGUCACCGUUGUGCAGAUCACCGCAGUACGCAUUGCCGCUGUACAAGUCACCGUGCAGAUCACCGCAGUACACAUUGCCGCUGUACAAGUCACCGUGCAGAUCACCGCAGUACGCACUGCCGCUGUACAAGUCACCGUGCAGAUCACCGCAGUACACAUUGCCGCUGUACAAGUCACCGUGCAGCUCACCGCCGUACACAUUGCCGCUGUACAAAUCACCGUGCAGAUCCCCUCAGUACGCAUUGCCGCUGUACAAGUCUCCGUGCAGAUCCCCGCAGUACACAUUGCCGCUGUACAAGUCACCGUGCAGCUCACCGCCGUACACAUUGCCGCUGUUCACGUCACCGUUGUGCAUAAAUCGCCGUUGCACCAAUAA